AUGACGUCCAAUACUGCUUCAAACUCCGUCGUCUUAUAUUGGCACCGUACCGACUUAAGACUCCAUGACUCCCCAGCGUUGCACGCCGCUCUGUCGUUGAAACCCUCGGUAUUCAUCCCAAUCUGGACCUGGGAUCCUCACUAUGUUUACCGAGCUAGGGUUGGUCCCAAUCGCUGGAAGUUCCUUCUUGACUGCCAGAAUGAUCUUAGCAAGUCAUACACCAAGUUGAAUUCGAAUCAGAAACUAUGGAUCGUGCGCGAGGCACCCCAGACUGUUCUUCCUAAGCUCUGGAAAAAGUGGAAAGUGACACAUCUAGUCUUUGAGAAAGACACAGAUGCAUAUGCCCGAGAUAGAGACGAGGAAAUAAUGUGCAUGGCAAAAGAAGCCGGGGUGCAUGUCAUCGAGAAGAUGGGCCGCAAUUUGUUCGAUCCGGACGAGCUGGUCCAGAAGAACAAUGGGAAACCUACGAUGAGCAUGGCUCAGGUUGAAAAGGCUGUCAAGCGGAUCAACCAAGGAGAGCCAGCAAAACCACUUGCGUCUCCUGACAGCCUUCCAAACCCUUGGGACUCGAAGGAAAUGGACAUCAGCAGUCUGGAGCAUGACGUUGCUGAUGCGAAACCGGAUUUCAACGAAGCUCACCGUACUGCAAGGGACAGGCAGUACAGCCAUAUUAUGGGCCCAGAGAACUCUUUUGGUGUUCCAACAUUCGAGGAAAUUGGUAUUGAUCAUUCUCUCGCAACGACACCUCAUAAUGGAGGAGAGACAGAAGCUCUGAACAUCCUCGAUCGAUGUAUUCAGGAUGAAGAGUAUAUCGGCAGAUUCGAGAAGCCAAAGACAUCCCCAGCAGAUUUCGAACCUCAGUCGACAACUCUUCUCUCGCCCCACCUCCAUUUUGGGUCUCUUUCUGUUCGAAAAUUUUGGUGGGAUGUGCAAUCAAUCUUGGAAAAGCGCAGACAAAACAAGAAAUCAAGUUCAUCUAUCCCAACUAACCUGCCUGGCCAGUUGCUCUUUCGUGACAUGUACUUUGGAGCUCAAGCUGCCAUCGGUCAUGAAUUCGCACAGACCUAUAAAAACAAAAUUGUCCGAUUUAUUGAUUGGCAUUUGCCUUCCAAUCUCUCUACAACUGGCCUUCUGGAUGGAACUUAUACUGUGGACUCUCCAGAGGCGGAGGCGUGGUUUCAGCGAUGGAAGCACGGUCAGACUGGGUUUCCAUGGAUCGACGCCUUGAUGCGCCAGCUGAAGCAAGAAGGCUGGAUGCAUCACUUAGGAAGACACAGUGUUGCCUGCUUCUUGACAAGGGGAGGCUGCUAUGUGAACUGGGAGAGGGGCGCAGAGGUGUUUGAGGAGUUGUUGAUUGAUCAUGAAACAGCCAGUAAUGUGGGGAACUGGAUGUGGCUCUCAUGUACGGCCUUUUUCCACCAGUUCUAUCGCUGUUAUUCACCAAUUGCAUUUGGGAAGAAAUGGGACCCAAACGGCAAUCUCAUCAGACGCUACUGCCCUGAGCUGGCAGAAUUCGACAAGAAAUAUAUAUAUGAACCCUGGAAAGCACCUAUAUCAGACCAGAGAAAGUGGGGGUGCCGGAUUACAGGCGAUGGGAACAAUACGUCGGUUGAAGGAGAAUCGAUCUACCCUAAACCAAUGUUCAAUUUUGACGAAAGACGACAAAUAUGCAUGGAAAAUAUGAAAAGGGCAUAUAGCGUGGGAAUGUAUGGUGAUGAUGAGCAGGUCAGGGAUGGGUCAUGGCAGAAAGUUUUCGGACACUCUGGCAGGGAGGAUGAGCCAGAGCCCAAGAGAAAGCGGCAAAAGGUUGUCGAGCAAGACGAAAAGAAAUAG